AUGGAUGGCUUGGUUGAGCAGAACAGCGUGCUAAUGCACAAUAAGAUCACCGAAGCUGGGAAAAGGAAUGGUUUAAUUAAUACAAGGAACUUGGUGGCAGAGAGCCGAGAUGGUCUGGUCUCUGUGUACCCAACCCCCCAGUACCAGAGCCACCGAGCGGGCAGCCUUUCCUCUCCAAGCUGCCUGGAGAACGGCAGGAAUGACCCCGUCCAGCAGCUCCUGGACCCCAACAUGCUGCAGCAGACGGUGGAGUCUCACUACCGGCCCAACAUCAUCCUCUACUCAGAGAACGUGCUGCGCUCGUGGGGCGAGAGCAUUGGCUCGGAGUGCUGUGAAACGACCUUCAUCGAGGACCGCUCUCCCACCAAAGACAGCCUGGAGUACCCGGACAGCAAGUUCAUCGAUCUCUCAGCCGAUGACAUCAAGAUUCACACCCUCUCCUAUGAUGUGGAGGAAGAGGAGGAUUUCCAGGAGCUAGAGAGCGAUUACUCAAGUGACACUGAAAGCGAAGACAAUUUCCUGAUGAUGCCACCAAGAGAUCAUCUUGGCCUCACUGUGUUCUCCAUGCUCUGCUGCUUCUGGCCAUUGGGAAUUGCUGCCUUUUACCUGUCUCAUGAG